UCUGCCAACAGCAGAGCACGGCUCCUCUUCCUUUUACUCUUGGAUCAUCCUCGCGAGCAGGAGUUCAGUUGUACGAGAAGUCUCUCCUGGGGAGGAACAUUGGACAGAGAGCGUUGCACUUCAAUGUUAUAAUUCAAUAAUCGAGUGUGUCAACGACAAUCAGAGGGUGUCCAGUAUCUCCAAGAUAAUAUUUAAAAAUAAAUUUCAACUUCGAACGGAGGAAGUUACUUUGUCGCAAUAUUUUUCGUGUUUUAAUCGCAAGAUUAAAAAAAAAAGUGCAAUUUUUCUCGACGAUUUUUUCAAACAAUAGUUAUGAUUUCUCAUUUUUAUUGAGGAUUUAAUUUGUUUGGGGACAGUGGCCCUGUGAGAACACAAGUGUUAAUUGUGAUCGAGACAGUUUUUAAUUGAAUAAUCGUGUGGAGACCAUGGGAGGCAGAUUUAAAUAUCUACAAACGCUCACGUGGAUCCUGCUCAUCGGUAGCAUCGAUGUGUGCUGGUCCACAAGUUUAGAAACAACUGAGGCAGAAAGAGCCAAUGGCGAAACAAUUCUGGAGGAUGCAACUGAGGACUACUGGGCAGGAAGUGGCUCAGGCCCCGAGGAGGACGAGACAAAUCGAACAGAAACACGAGAAGCUCUUACCCACGAAGCCAGCGAUCAAGAUGCCGUGGUGUAUGUGGGCGAGGGUGCGUCGUAUGUGCCUGUGCCAGCGCUGAAGAGACCGUUGAGUCCAAAUCUCCAGGCACUCCAGACACUCCAGGGGCUCCAGGGAUUGGCUGGGGGUGGCGCCGGGGGCAGUGGCGGUGAGGAUGAGUGGGGAAGACAUCCGGAAACUUGGGAUCGGGAGCACAGGAGGUACAGGCCGAAUACCACUAGAGUUCAACACAUUGAGGCGGAGUGUCAGGACGACUACAUGAAGAUAAGAAUCGGCUUCAAUGGCUCCUUCGCGGGUCUAUUAUACUCAGCAGGCUACUCUUACGAUCCUGACUGCAUGUACGUCAAUGGUACUGGCCGGGAUUACUACGAGUUUUACAUUCAGUUAAAUCGUUGCGGCACCCUUGGCGAGAACACCCACCAUCAGGACAGCAGGAAGAAUCCAACGAAGAAUCUCAUGUGGAAUACUGUUACUGUGCAGUAUAAUCCGCUUAUUGAGGAGGAGUUUGAUGAGCAUUUCAAAGUUACGUGCGAGUACGGAUAUGACUUCUGGAAGACUGUGACUUUUCCCUUUCUCGACGUCGAGGUUGCGACGGGUAAUCCCGUAGUGUUCACCCUCCAGCCCCCGGAGUGCUACAUGGAGAUAAGAUACGGUUACGGAACAACAGGAACUCGAGUUGCAGGACCUGUAAGGGUAGGGGAUCCACUGACACUCAUCAUCUACAUGAGGAGUAAAUAUGAUGGUUUCGAUAUCGUCGUUAAUGACUGCUACGCACAUAACGGGGGAAACAAGAGGAUUCAACUUAUCGACCAGUAUGGAUGCCCCGUGGAUGACAAGUUGAUUAGCAGGUUCAGGGGUUCCUGGUCGGAGAGUGGAUUGUUCGAGACACAGGUUUUCGCUUACAUGAAGACGUUCAGGUUCACAGGCUCACCGGCACUGUACAUUGAGUGCGAUGUGAGAAUGUGUCAUGGAAGGUGUCCGAGUCAACCCUGUCACUGGAGAAAUUCCAAGAAUGUUGCCAAAAGAUCGCUGGCCCUGGGUGGACCUACGACUCCAGCGACGAGCUUAUCAGAGAACGUUAAUCUAUUCCAGUCACUGCGGGUCCUUCAAGAGGGCGAGGCGGAGCCCGAAAUCUUCCAGAAUUCAACAGCCUCGUUGCACAAUGGCCCCAGUGAAGCACCCCCUGGCGAUAGAGUGUGCCUCCGAUCAACGGUAGUCAGUACAAUAGUCGGUCUGGGCUGCGCCUUAAUCUGCAUAAUGAUUGGUACCCUCCUCGCCCUUUGCUCGCGAAUACGACGCGCAGCGAGAGAAAAAUUAUUGAGCGAUAGUCUCAGCUACAUGACUCACAAAGGUCGAAUUAAUUAACUCCCCGAGAUGGUUAACAUAAGACAAAAUAAUAAUAGCAACGGAAUAAUUCACCACUGAGUGAGUGAGGAAUCCCAUCUUGAUCAAGAUCUUCACUAAAUUAUAUUUUUUACGAGUGAAAAUAAAAGUAAAUAAAUCUAGACACGAGUGUAGAAUCAGAGAUGCGGACAAGUGACCUGUGUAAACAGCAGCCACUGGAUCAACUCCGCGUCCGGUUUACACGCGAUGAGAAAACACUAAUUACGAAUAUUUAAUUAAGGACUCUCUGCUUUACGAGAGUUUGCCAUUUACUUGGUUUUGUCUUCAUUUCCAAGCCAAUGGCCCUUCGAAGGAUCUACCGACUCACUGGAUACGCAAUCGAAGGCAAUCAAUGUUCAAUUAACAAAAUAGGAAAAAUCAUCGACAAAGAAGGGAAUAAUUCGAUGGCCAUUUUUUUCGAUUGAUAUCACAGAAUUUAAUGAAAAUUGUGUCGCAGAAUUUCUUCGAGGACCUUUGAAGAUUUUGCAUGAAAUUUCUGUAAAAACCCCUUCACCAUUGAUUUUCACACACAAUCAAACAGACUGGUUUUAGAUUGCGAGUGACGUCGGUUAAUAACCUAUUAAUUAAAAUAAUAUAUGACAUGUAGACAUGCGAUACAGCAUGACUGCGGGAUCGAAAACGAGAGAAAAUAAUUUAAGAUGUGCCUUUUAAAAAUUAACAACAAAUUCUGAUUUACAAAUUAUCAAUAGAAGUUAUUUUAAAUGAACAUUUAUCCUCGAGUUAAUCUGCAUCGUAUCGAUAUCCAUAUGAACGCAUAAUACAUUAUAGUUAUUAUCAUGCAUUUAACGAAUUAAUUGCAACGCCUCAUUUUCAUACAAAAGUCAACGAAGAAUUUGAAAUAAAAAAAUGGAUUAUUUAAUAAGUGCCUCGACGUUUGAACACGGCCAGUGAGGAUUAAGUAAUAUUUGGAGUGAAAGCUCACACGAGACAGGAGUUACGCCCAACGAGUUAGGCUUACUCUUUAGUACUGCGAAAUGCGGAAAGCCAAGGAAUGGAACAUAAUUAUUACUGAUGAGAAAAUUAAUGAUUUGGUGACAACUGUGCUCUUGUGAAAAUGAAUAAUAUUAAUUUCCCCUCCUGGCUGUUCCGGGGUUUAAGGAAAUUCAUGAUUUCAUCGUUUAUUCACGAGCUUUUUAUACCUCGGUUACAAAUUACUGUACAUAUAGAUUUAUGGGCGAACAAUUUUAAUUAAUUAGAUUGUAUUUUUUAGGUAAUGUAAUCAAUGUAUGAGUUUAAUUACCGCAUGAGUGUAUCAAUAAUGAUUUUCAAUAAAGUAGA